GCUGGAGCGCGACAGGAAGUUGCUGGACGACCACCACGGCAGCGCCGCUCCCAGGAUGGGCGGCCGCGGAAGUGGAGGCAUGACUGGCGGCAAGGGUACGAAGGCACAGCAGAUGAAGGAUCAGUACUCGAGUUGCAAGCACUGCAACGAGUGGUGGUACCACACCAAGCUGUGCAACAUGGACUGGACAUGCACCUGCAACAUGAAGACCGCCAAGCCGCAGUACGUCAGCGCCGACAAGAAGCUCGCCCACGAAAGCGGCAAGGACAAGGGCUACGGCAAGGGCGGCACAGGAGGUGCAGGAUGGAAAGGGGAAGGAGGCAAAGCGGCGGAGACAUUCGCCACAGCGAUGAACCUGAUGACGAAUUCGCUGCAGACCAUGGGCAUACAGAACGGAGACCAACUCGUACGGCAGCUGAAUGGAAUGGCGAGCAAGGUGGCAGCGGCGGCAGCACCUCCACCAGAAAGAAAGCCAAAAGCGGUGCGCCUGGCCGAGGCGGCAACCAGACUACAGAAGGCGACGAGGAGCUACGAGUGGAGAAGGGAGGAGCUAAAGAAGGCCGAGGAGAAGAUGGCAAAGCUCAAAGCAGAAGUACAUCAGCAUGCAGCACUGGUGGUCGACAUAGAGGUGGAAAUCGAAGGUCUACAAGCAGAAGGCAAGAAUGUACCACCACAGGGAGUGCUGGCGCAGCUCCUCUCGUCGGACGUGGCAGAGCUAGCGGAAGGUGACUUGCGAGAA